CUUACGCCUCUCUUCAUACCAACACUCCUACACAGCGUCUCCUCUUUCAAACAGCUGCCACCUUGUUUCCAUCAACUAGCCAGUAUCGACGAAAGAUCGCCGACAUCGAUUCGACCAUGCAACCUCGAAGCUAUUGCUCGUAAUAGUGUCGCCGCCCCCUAGAUUCUUCGCUCUUUGACUCGUCCGUCCGAAUUCGUACAACCGCGAUUCGCGACCGACUCAUAUUUUUCGCGUAACGGUGACCAUCCAGCCUCCAUGUGUUCAGUCUUGUAGUCAAUACUGGCCUGAGACUCCCUCUCGACAUGGCAACACUGGGGUCACCCUCACCUCCGGCUUCUCCGUCAUCUCGCCGCCGUCGAAACUUCGCACGCAAAUGCGAGCGCUUUUGUUGUAAUAUCAUCCUGUAUUUCCCUCUCUCUUUCGUCUAUGGCUUGACAACAUGGGCUGUUUGGGUGGCGGUAAAUAUUGGCUUGACCCCGAGCAAGGCCUGGACAGGUCACUCUUCCAACGCUCUUGCGAUCUCCCUCUACCUCCUGUUGAACUGGAGUUAUACCACCUCCGUAUUCACGAAUCCUGGCUCUCCGUCUGACCUCAAAUCUGGCUAUAGCCAACUCCCCACUACCGAAACGCCCGCUUAUAGUUCCUUCACCGUCAAGUCCAACGGUGACAUACGAUUCUGUAAGAAGUGCCAAACGAAGAAGCCUGACAGAUCACAUCAUUGCUCAACCUGCAAUAGAUGUGUAUUGAAAAUGGACCACCAUUGCCCAUGGUUGGCUACUUGCGUCGGCCUACGAAACUACAAAGCGUUCCUUCUGUUCUUAAUAUAUGUCUCGCUGUUCUGCUGGGCUUGCUUUGCAGUCUCAAUGACUUGGCUAUACAGUGAAAUUUUCUCUGGUGGGCAAUACAUGGAGUCACUUAUGCCUGUCAAUUUUAUCCUCUUGGCAGUGCUGUCAGGCAUAAUCGGGCUGGUCAUUACUGGUUUCUCUGCCUGGCACAUAUAUUUGGCAGUGACAAAUUACACUACCAUCGAGAAACUAGAGAGGACGCGCUACCUGUCACCGCUCCGCAAAUCCAUGCAAUACCACCCACCUGAUCGUAAUUACAUCCACGCAAACGGUGGUCGUCAGACCAUCGGCGACCAGAUCCAUGAGAUACACGCCAAUGCGCUACCUGGGAUUCUUCGUCCAGAAGAAGGCCAAGACUCAAGAUCUGUAUCGCCGGCAAUGAAUGGCGGCUCUCCAGCUCAACAAUCACUGCGCAGAAAUUACCAUCACAACUCAGAACAACAAAGAGAAGUAGACCGGUAUGAGGAAUACUUGAACGAGCAAGACAUGGAGAGCUUACCACACGCCUUUGACCUGGGCUGGAGGCGGAAUUUGGCUCAUGUCUUCGGCGACAAUGCACUACUAUGGCCCGUGCCGAUUUCUACAACUAUCGGGGAUGGAUGGUCGUGGGAGCCCAGCCCCAAAUGGACGAGAGCACGCGAUCAAAUACGACGGCAUCGCGAAGCUCAAACUCGAGCUCAGAAAGAGCGGGAACGAGCCGCGGGAUGGGGCCAUGAGAGUGACACAGAUGGCCUAAAUAUCCCAAAACCGAACUGGUACGGCUACUCCGCAGGCAGCCAGGAUGAUGGCGAGGAUGGCAGGUACUUGACGACCAGCAGUGGGGUUACCACCGUAAGAGGUGCUGGCCGUCGCUCGCCUGGGAAGGCAGACAGCAUAUUAGGCCGCCUGCCCGGCACGUAUAUCGAAGAUGGCCAGGGCACGCCAAUGCAAGACCUCGGUCGGCGAAGGGGCAGGCACGACGACGCCGAUCUAUUCGAGGAUGAAAACUACGACACAAGCAGUGACGAAGACCACGCGAAGCGGAAGUCAGUGCCACCCCCAAAAGCGUACCCGAUAGCUAAAGCCAGCUCUACCACGUCGAAUUGGAAUGACGUGCCUGAUGAGUACCUGAAUGGAGAGAGCAGGGGUCGGACAGGCACGUCCUCGCGCAGCCGUGACCGGCGGACACGAAACGAGCAGGACUGGGAUAGUUGGAGCCCGCGGUGAAGAAGGAGUGUUUGUUCCCUGAAUGUUUUUCAAUGUUUUGUCUACCAAAUGCAUUUCUGAUAGCGUAUUUUGGAUGCAUUUUUUGGGGGCUAGCGUGAUUAAUCAGAAUCAUCAUUACUCAAAGAAGAAAUCCGUUGCUAUAUCCUUCCGCUUCCUUUUAUAGGUCGCGGGGUAGCUUUGUUCCCUUGACUAUUUUGCACACACCAAAGACCUUUUUGAAUCCUCUGCCGCUGGUGAAUUAUGUUCACCACUAGGGUCAUAAAAGGCCAUCCAUCAUGGCCCGGCACAGACGAUGUGAAGAGUAAGAAUAGCUCAGCUUUGUAAGACUCUAUAAAGCCUUUUGCUUCCAAGAGACUUUUGGAUGGGUCAAUAUGGGUGAUUAUCCUCAAUUUGAGAGGAAAUUUAAC